GUGGCCAGUCGCCGGCGGGCUCGCGCCAGUCAUCCGUUACCCGCCGCCGCGCCAUGUUGCGUCCCUGUAUAAUAGUCGCGUUGCUCGCGCAAAUCCGCUCCGCGUACGUGACAGAACCCCCAACCUUCGCUGACAGACUCGACAGAUUGUACCAGAAAGUUGAAAAAUUCACAAUCAGCCCCCCGAAAAACCAUCUAGCACACAACAGUAAGUUGUAUGCUAAACUCGAUCGAUUGAAUUCGUUGACGCCCGAUCGGAAUCGGGAUUUGACUGAUGAUGAUGAUGAGUUGCUGUCGGCGAUGCAGCUGUGGGGGUCCAUGAGUGAUGAUCAACUGCGAGGGCUUGUUAAUGAGAUACAGCAGGUGAAGGAAGAGGACAGGAGUGAGAGGUUACCGGACGGUGACUAUGACGGUGAUUGGCCUGAUGAUGAACAAGAUCGCGACAAUGAAGAUUACAACAACGAUGGCGAGGAAUGGGACCCCCUGGAGGACGAGACCGGCUCCACCAGCCGCCCUAUAGUGGGGGUCACGCCGUCCGCCUUCACCAGGCUCGACGCCAUCGAUUACAUCGACCCCAUCGCUGCAACCAACGAACGCCCCAGGAUUUUGGAUGAUUCGCAUGCCACGCCAAAGGAAAGGAUGUCGCUCCGCAAGACGGCGCUGACGAACGUUCGCGAAGUGUUCCGUUCCAACGACUGCCUGGUGCCGCAGCCGCGCUGGCUGUAUCUGCGGAACCUCGCACCGGCAGCCGACACUGUUUACGUGCCGCCGUGUGUGAAGCUGCACCGCUGUGCGCCCGACGCCUGCUGCUGCAAGGACGAGCGCCAGGAGUGCGCGCCGAUCGACGGCAAGUUCGUCGCGAUACCGGUCUAUCUGGGAAAAGCCAACCGCAAUCUCACCGUAGCCCGAAUGCUAUUCUUCAAUCACACAAGAUGUAGUUGCGUAAACAGGGAUUCUAUAACGGAGAGCACUGCCCGCACCAAAAUAGACUUCAGAGAAGACAGGAGAGAUGAAAUCCUGGCUAGGAGAGAUAACGGUAUUAGAGAUAGACAGAACGAUUGGCGGGCGCCCACUGAAGAACCCAAGUUAGAAAGAGAUGAAGAACAGACGUCACCGCCUCAAUUGCGCAGGUGUACAUGUCCAGCGCUCUUCAGAAACCGGAUCAAAGAUGGCAUCUGUUCCUGCGUCUGCGAUUGGCCUGACACCACUAAGAAACGCGACUGUCUUUCUCUAGCACGAGGGAAAGAACACUUCGGAUUGAGGGACAGAGUGUGCCUCGCCCAAGGCGACUGUGUUAUGCCAAGCUGUGAGUACGGACCCUAUGAAAGGAGUGCAGGAAGAUGUCCCUACAGACGAGUAAAGAGGAGAUACCAUUCGAGAAGAUACCAGGAAAAAGUAUGACUUAGUGAUUUAGGGACCAUCUAGGAGGUCGUUGAAUCUACGAAAUGUGACAUAUAAGAGGAGUAAGGUGUUAGAGUCGCAAAUGAGAUUAAGUUAUUUAUUUCCUAAUUAGCAAAGGCCCGCGAUGUCGUCUGCAUGGAAAUCGGUAUUUUCAGUGAAUUUGGCUAUCAAUGUGACAAGCCCAUAAUUAUUAUACUGCCCCAAGUUACAUUUAAGAUAUCCGGUAGUUUACGUAAACGUCACUUGGACGUUGGAGAAAACAGCACGAAAAUCCGUCCAGCACUUCCGGAGCUUAGCAAGAAACUCAGAAUACAGAAAACACCAGAAUCUACGUUCAGCUGUCAUUAUAAAGCACGCAUUGUGCCCAAAAAUUAUACCGUCAACAAUCACAACACACAGCAUAGGUACACAGAAUUACUAAUCGCUUGUUCGUGAAAUUACACCAAUUUUGGAGUUUUCUGUAUUCUGAGGCAAGAAAGAUAAACAGACAAGAAUUUUCAAAAUUUGUGUUUUGUGUUCUGUGACUCUUUUACUGUCCCAUAUAUGUUUCUGCUUACUUCAUUCAUUGUGUAAUGAAUAGGUUUUAUUAAGUACUUAACUUUAAAGAGCCGCAUGUAGCAAAACUACAGCUAUUUUCUCAAAACUUUUAAGCAGAACACGAAACGGAGACUUUCAAAAGGAAUAAUUAUUCCAGUUUCUGCCACAUUUUCCACUGAUGCUUUCCCAUUGGAAGUAGUGUGAUGUUAAAGCCUAUAGCAUUAUUUGAUAAAUGAACUAUCCAACACAAAAAAAGAUAAUGUUUGAUAGAGCAAACUCAAGGCUAAGAAAGGUUAGCCUUAAUUUGAUUCGCUAUGCAUCGUACAUAUUCGGUGGAAAGACACCCUAAGUUACUAAUAUAAUAUUAUGUAUAUUUACACAAACAUACAUACACAUUUUAUAUAUAAAGAGUCACUAUUAUAUAAGUGCCAUAUUAGUUAAAAGUUUAUUAUUAUAAACACGAGUAUAAUAAAGUUGUAUCAUUUAUAUUUUCCUGACUAUCUGUUUAAGAUGAAAUGCAUAAUAUUUGUAUUCGUUAUAUUAAUUGUUAGAUUUAUUACAAUUAAAUACGCCUACCUACUUAUAAAUAAUAAUAAUUAGUUCUAAGUUGUAAAUAAAGAUUUUUGAUUGAAAUUUAAA